AACAGAGAAGGUUUCUUGUGCCAGAAGUCAGACUUUAGUGUCCCUGGUCCCGCAGAAGUCAUCGUGUCAACCACUCACAUGCAGACCUGCAAGCGAUGGCAGGCCUUACGUCAAAGGUGUGUGGCUUGCGGGAUGCAGCCCAAGGAAGGUGGGGUUGGCAGCUCACCGGGGAAGGUGCGUUUGUACCUCGGGCCACGGGCGUCCUUACGGUAGUUCCAUGGAGGAGGCAGUGGUGCCCAAGUUCUUUCCUCGACAUCUUCUCUGACUCUUUCUUCCCCACUCCAUCGACCGUCCAGAAUUUUGUCCUCCAUCAGUAUCCGAUCAAGCUUCGUUCUUGUCAAGAGCCCGUUAGGCAACCGGCAACAUGGACGGCGACUCGGACAUCCUAGAAGUCUCACCAACGGGUGACAUCAUCCUCGUCGUCGGCCCUCCUGAGGAGAAGCAACUGCGUCUCAGGGUUUCGUCCACAAUCCUUCGAUCGGCCUCCAAAGUCUUCGACGCGAUGUUCUCGCCCCCUUGGAUCGAAAGCUCCUGCACGCUUUCGCUGGAAGCACCCAAGGACAUUGACCUUCCCGAUGACGACCCCGAGGCAAUGAAAGCAAUCUGUUACGCCAUACACCACCGUCCCGACAUGAUACCCUUCGCAGAAAUGGAUGGAAAGCAUAUCCUCCAGGCUGUCCGUACAAUUGACAAGUACGACUUGUUUACAACAAUGCAGAUGGUUACCGACAGGUGGUUUCGACAGGUAACACCUUACAGAAGCUCAACGGACUUGAUGUACCUUGUUGCGGCAGCGGAAAUGCUGAAGAAGUUCGAUAUCUUCCCAAAGCUUACUUGGCUGGUCAUGAUCAUCCAUGUAGGCAGUUAUCUGAGUUUCCACGAGGACAAGCUGCUUAUGGACACGCUACCUCCCAAGCUGUUGAGUACGUAUAGUUCUCCGAGCCCCCCUCAUAUAAGCCGGGGGAAAUCAUGGUAUGCCUCUCCUAACUGACUUUGAAAUGCUUAGCUGUUCUCGCGGAGCGAUCCCUCCAUCUUCGCACAAGCCUGCUCGCCGCUGUACGAAACAUAGCCAUAGGAAAGUACGAAUGUGUUAGAGGUA